UCAAGUAAAAACAUCACAAUGUCUGGCAAGGGCAAGGCAGCUAAGACUUCCGAGAAGAAGCACGACAAGAACAAGCCGCAGACCCGCUCGCUUCGUGCCGGUCUCCAGUUCCCCGUCGGUCGUAUCCACCGUCACCUCAAGGAGCGCUCGACCAGCCACGGCCGUGUUUCGGCCCUCGCUGCCGUCUACUCUGCCGCCAUCCUCGAGUACCUGACCGCCGAGGUUCUCGAGCUCGCUGGCAACGCCUCGCGCGAUCUUAAGGUCAAGCGCAUCACCCCUCGUCACCUCCAGCUCGCCAUCCGUGGUGAUGAGGAGCUCGACACUUUGAUCAAGGCCACCAUUGCUGGUGGUGGUGUCAUUCCCCACAUCCACAAGUCCCUCCUCACCAAGAAGGUGCCAAAGAUCCUCCUUCCCGGCCAGCCCAUCCCGAAGUAAAAGAAAAUCCUGCACAGCGCCAGGACGGAUCGCUGAGGUUGUAGAGCCGUCCUGCACCCGACCAACACCAAGAAAAUUAUAUAAACGAAAAACAAUAAAAAAAACCAACUGGGCUCUAUUCGAGCUCAAAAAAAAAAAAGUCUCAUGCACAUGCUCAG